GUCAGAUCUCAAGGCAGCCAGAGGUGAUUCUGGAGUCUGGUCCCUCUGGCUAUUACUACCAGGGUGUGUGGCGAGCUUUAGGUGGCACCACAGUUUGGCAGUUUAACACUUCCUCAGCCAUUACUCAGUGUUUGAGAGGAAAGGUGAUUAAAAUGUACGGAGACUCCACCAUCAGGCAGUGGUUUGAAUACUUUAAUGGAGCACUAUCAGGUCUCAAGGAGUUUGACCUACAUAGUCCUAAGCAAAUUGGACCUUUUAUUGCCCUGGACUACCCAAAUAACAUCUUCCUGACGUACCGUUGCCAUGGUCCUCCUAUCCGGUUUUCGAAUGUCCCCAUCAGCGAGCUGCAUUAUAUUGCCAAUGAGGUAGACAAUUUGAUUGGAGGCAGCAACACAGUUGUAGUUCUUGGCAUUUGGUCACACUUCAGCACUUUCCCCAUUCAAGUCUACAUCAGACGGCUGCAGAGCAUCCGCAGGGCAGUGGUGCGCCUGUUGUCCAGGGCUCCAGAAACACUGGUUGUCAUUAGGACUGCAAAUCCCAAAGCUUUGAACCUCUAUGAGACACUUACUAAUAGUGACUGGUACUCACUGCAGAGGGACAAGGUGCUCAGGGCCAUGUUCAAAGGAUUGAAUGUUCAUCUGGUGGAUGCCUGGGAGAUGGUUGUGGCCUACAACCUGCCACACAGCCUCCACCCACAACCUCCCAUUAUCAAGAACAUGAUUAAUGUUCUCUUGUCCUAUAUAUGCCCUCAAAAGGGUGGCUAG